AUGCAUCAUUAUAAUGCAGCGUGCAUUGGAGCAGCAGAUAGCGUCUGCGCUUUCGCUGCCCGAUGUCAAAAGAGUGCGAUUGCAAGCGAGCGGCAGCAGCGUGCAGCCACAGCCCGAAAUUGGCAGGCUGAGAAUAUCGAGUCGCAGCCCGAUCACUCCGAGCGUUUAAUACUGGAAAAAUCCAGGUCGCUUUUCCGUUUACGAGAAUUUCACGGCGAACAUCUCUCAGUUUUGGAGGAUUCUUUGGCAGUGGAAUGCGCGAAACUUCUCAUUCGAAUAGCAACAACUUCAAAAACUAUCGCAACCAUCAAUAUGUGCUUGCAUUACACGCUACACAUUUGCAAUUCGAUAGAUUUGAAGCAGGAUACCUGGGAUGAAAUGACUGCUCUGCUCAAUGUAAAACGCGACGAAAAAUGUAAUUAUCAACAGUCCGCAACAUAUGCCGCACUGCUAGCUCUUUUUGAGUUUGCAGUAUCUCGCGGCCUGAGAAUGGACCAGUACAUCCAGCGAAUCAACAAGGAGGAAUGCUCGGAUGAGGAUUUUUUGUUGUUGGAAGAACUUUUGUCGGAUGCGGCGGAGGAUCGUGAUUCACGUGUACGAAUAGCCGCUCUGAGAGGUCUCUCUGAAUUGGCAGCCAAUGGGCGCUUAUUAAGUUUUCACAUAUACUUGCAAGUGAAAAACCUGUGCAAGAAUUCAUCGAAAAUUGUUCGAACAGAAUCGCUGCAUAUAUUGAAAAUGUUUGCCGAUCGUUGUCCUGAAAUUGAAGUGACUGGUCGAAAUGAUGCAAAGCUGCGACUGGUGGACGAUGCAUUUGCGACUGUGUGCCAUGCAAUCAACGAUGUCGAGGUUUCCGUGAGAGCUGUUGCUGCUCGUCUUUUGGGCGAUUUUCAACAAGUUUCCGAUUCUUUCUUGGAUCAGACACUCGACAAGAAGUUGCUGAACGCUAUGAGAAUGUCAAAAACACGUGAAAGUGCCUCGAAAAGGCCUCAAAAGCAUGGGUCACGGCAUCAACGAUCUCAGGCCAGCAGUGAAUGGUCAACAGGGAGGAGAUUGGGUGAAGACGUGCCAGUCGAGAGAUUCGAUGAAGAACAAUCCAGUAUAAUCUCAUCUGGAGCGUGCGGAGCUUUUGUCACUGCCUUAGAGGACGAAUUUAUGAUUGUUCGUCAGGCUGGCGUUUAUUCGCUUGGCCGAUUGGCAGCUGAUCGUCCAUUUUUGGCUGCAGCUGCUCUGGACCAUCUGGCUGAUAUGUUUAACGAUGAAAUUGAGCAAGUUCGAUUAGAUGCCGUACGAGCAUUGACACCUCUUGUCGUCCAUGGCGUUUUGCAGAAAGAACAGCUUGAUACUAUUUUGACGGUUCUUGAUGAUGCUCUUCCGGACAGCCGCGAGGCGCUUCGUGUGUUGCUGUCGAAAUCGACGUUGGGCACUCCUGACUGUCUUCGUUAUACCGUUGAAGCGUUGCUUAAGUGCAUGAAGAGAUUCCCGAUUGAUCGACAUUCUAUUUUUAAAUGUAUGAGUGAGCUGGGCCGGAGACACGCCACUUUUGUGCAGCUAUUGUGCGAUGAACUUCUCGAACUGCAUCCUACUUUCGAUAUCAAGGAGCCAUCACUGGAUAACCAGUUCUAUUUGGCCAAGCUUAUUUUUGUCCUUAACGGAGCAAGUGUUCACGACCCGGUCUGUUCAUUAUUGCCUGGCUUUGCUGUGCGUCACUACAAAUUUUUGCGUUGUUCUAUGCCAUCUUUGGUGCCGAUAAUUCAUGUGUUCUCAGAGGGCGAUGGCUUAAGCACAGCUAGCGUUUUGUCCGAUAAAAUGUUAUCAGAAACCGGCGAACGAACACGUCUGCUGCUUGAGCGUACGUAUGGUAUGUUGCGAGAGGCAACCCUGGCAAAAUCUUAUAUGCAGCGAAAGACCGCAGAAAAUUCUCUACUCAGCACAGCUAGCGUUUUGUCCGAUAAAAUGUUAUCAGAAACCGGCGAACGAACACGUCUGCUGCUUGAGCGUACGUAUGGUAUGUUGCGAGAGGCAACCCUGGCAAAAUCUUAUAUGCAACGAAAAACCGCAGAAAAUUCUCUACUCAGGGAUAUGGAUGCCCUCCGUGAGGCCGAUGAGCGAGUUGCUGGCACUGCGCAGUUCCUGUCGUACUUGUUGAAAAUCCUUACUCACUGCGACCUCUGCAUGCAAAUUCUCUGUCAUGGUGGUGUUCUGCAGACUGCCACCAAUUCUGCUAAUGAGGGUCUCAGAUUGGUGCAGCGUGUUGUUAGUAGUUUUUCGUCGGUUGACAAUGUCAUGCUGGCCGUGCUAGAAGAAUUUCGUUUUCAGCUCUCUAUCUUAAGACUGGCAGCGUUAUUUGAAGCAAUGCCUAGCGCUUACGAAAAAAACGCAGCACAGCUUGUGCAGGCCGAAACGGUUAUGUAUAGCGCGCUGACAAGUAGCGUUGAAGGGAUUUCAUGUAGCGUUGAAGGGAUUUCAUCAGCGACUCGUUUAUUUGAUGAUAAAUUCGUACCGGGGCAUGCUAAGAAGUCGGGCGUUUUCAGGCGACUUCGUUCGUUGUCUGUGGCAUCAAGUGAUGCUUUCGCUGGAAUAUUGGUCGGCAUUGCAGAGCAUUUGAAAGCAGCUGAGGCUAAAAAGAUAAUUGCCGGUUCAAGUUUGGGCCUUUUAUUUCAAACACAUACAAUUUCGCUGCCGAUGAAAUUUGCAUCGCUUGGCGCCGUUUCCAUCAAAUGGGCUCAGAUCGUUGAACCACCUGAAACGCCGAGCGAACCCAUGCGCUUUGUAGUUGGACUACCACUCGGCGUUUCGAUGAAUAUUUUGUUGCAUAACUUCAGCAGCGAUGACAUCUGUCAAUUCAGGAUACAGACGGAUUAUCCCGAUCGAAGCUCGAAUCUGUUUCGUCCAAGAGCCGGUGAUUUUAAAAAGAUUGCACCGCACACUUAUCGGCUGCUCUGUAGUGUCUUGGUACAGUCAAACAGUGUUUGGUCUGACUCGGCCCGAGUUCGUUUCGGAUGUGUUUUGAAAGCGUGUCAGGUGUCGGACUUGGAAACAGUGCAGCCACCCAGCGAUGCUGCCUGCUUACCAUGCGUGCCAGUGGUGGAAUCGCCAUCUUCAAUUAAACAAGCAGCCAUCGACAUUCCAAUACAUCCUAUCGUUGAACCACCCGAAACACCGAGCGAACCCAUGCGCUUUGUAGUUGGACUACCACUCGGCGUUUCGAUGAACAUUUUGUUGCAUAACUUCAGCAGCAAUGACAUCUGUCAGUUCAGGAUACAGGUUGGUGUACAGUUCAUGAGUGAAAGUAUAGAUCGCGCGUUUGCUGACAUGCGAUUCAGCAAUUUGGAGAAUACGGAUUAUCCCGAUCGAAGCUCGAAUCUGUUUCGUCCAAGAGCCGGUGAUUUUAAAAAGAUUGCACCGCACACUUAUCGGCUGCUCUGUAGUGUCUUGGUACAGUCAAACAGUGUUUGGUCUGACUCGGCCCGAGUGCGUUUCGGAUGUGUUUUGAAAGCGUGUCAAGUGUCGGGCUUGGAAACAGUGCAGCUGCCCAGCGAUACUGCCUGCUUGCCAUGCGUGCCAGUGGUAGAGUCGCCAUCUUCGAUUAAACAAGCAGCCAUCGACAUUCCAAUACAUCCUGUACAAGCAAAAAUAACCAUAUAG